AAAUGCUACAACGCCAGGACAAGAAGAAGAAGAACACUUGUUCGAUGUAUCCGGAAGUUGCUUGCUUUCGGAGCUCUGGAAGACAAAUGCAAUUUAGUGUUUUACUUCUUUCACUAGAGGUUUCCAAUAGUGAAAAUGGUGCGGAGUGGCAAAGGCUCCCCGCUUCCUCCAGCGUCCUUACAGCUGUUGGUCCCACCUGUCAGGCUGAUGUCUGCCUUCGUGUGGAAAGCGGUGCAGCAGGACAGUGCUAUGCAGUAUGAGAAGCUGCUGGACUUCAUCGACCUGCUGACAGAGGUAGUCCCGGAGCUUCUCAGUCCCAGUCAGAAGGGUCAGCUCGUCCUGGGCAUCAGAGCAAGGUUUGUUCUGGAGCUUUGUCGGGGCAACGGUGUUGCCAACCUCAAGACCAUCCAAGGACACCUGGAUAAAAUACACACCUGCUGCCUGGAACUGAGCAACAGUGAACAAAUGGAGAGCUCUGAUAUUCUGAAGACCUCCUACAGCAGCUUUGCAAGCCUGGUGCAGAACAUUUUGAAUGUUCCCUUGGAAAAGGAAGUUUUCUUCCAAGAUGUUUUUCCUGAGCACUAUGGAGCUGCCUUCAACCAGCGGAUCCAACAACUUGUAUCUUUACUUCUCACAAGGCUAGAGCAGCUGCUGCCCAUACCGGACCUGCAGCAGACUGCAAACUGGCUCAAUGAUUCAUCUGCAGCAGAAGACCUUGUGCAUCAUCUGUCUGAACUGUUCCCUCUGAAAACUCUGCUGCUUCAUCACAGAGAGCUGGGGACUCUCAGCUCAGCUUCUUCGAGCACAGAAGAGGAUGUCAUUUUAUCCACCUUGGCCCUUUCUACUCAAACUGAUCAAUUUAGUGAGGAGGAUGAUGAUGAUGAGGACGAUGAUGAUAAAUUUGAGAGCGAUGAAGAGCCACUGGAGCUGGAUGAUAUGGAGGAAGACUCAAAUCAGAGUUUAGAUGAUGCAUCGGAAGACUGGGUUCCAGAAACUAAAUCAGGUUCUCUCUCUCGUUUAUUCAUCUGUACCAAGAGUCCAGAAACACAGCAUUUACAGAGGCCAGUUCGAAAGACCAACCAGCGCACGCAGCACUGGACUGUUCCUCUUGACUCCACCAAAGCAGAGAAAAAGGUAAACAAAAAUCUUAAAAUUAAGGAAAUGAAGAUUAAAAACAAGAAACCAGAAGAAAACUUAAAUCAACAGAAAGGCAAGCAGAAAGACAGUGUUGACAAAAAGGGGGAACAUGACCAGAAGAAAGAUGGGUUUAAAAACAAAAGUCGACGGAAAAGGAAAGAGCCGACUGGCAAUGAUAGAAGGUUUCUUAGUACGCGACCUGUAAACAAAAGCUUCACAGAAGAGGAAACUAAAUGCAAAAUAUGUGAGAAGACAUUUGAGCAUCCUAAUCAGCUGAAGACACAUGUGAAACUCCACUCCUUCCGUUAUAGCUGCAUUGAGUGUGAGAAAGGAUUUACAAGCCAGUCAGGAUAUUAUCACCAUCAGAGACUUCACAAGAAAGGGCGAGUGUUCACGUGUAAGGAGUGCAACAAGGGCUUCUUGUGCAGUUAUUCUCUCAAGCAGCACGAACGCCUGCACAAUGGUCCCACCAACUUUUGUGAAAUUUGUGAAAAAAACUUCAGCAAAAAUGGCUUUGUAAGACAUAUGCAGAUGCACAAAGGAGAAAGGAAUUAUCUGUGCACCAUCUGUGGAAAGGCUUUUCUGUCCUCCGGGGAACUGCGACUGCACAAUCGCUCUCACACAGGAGAGAUGCCAUACACCUGCAACCACUGCGGGAAGGGUUUCUCCUGCAAGGGUCACCUGGUCGUCCACACACGCUCUCACACGGGGGAGCGUCCAUACCUGUGCUCCGAGUGCCCUAAACGUUUCCUUACCCUGAACUGCCUGAAGAGGCACGCUCUCAGCCACAAUGGGGUGAAGCCCUUCAAGUGUCCAAGUUGUGACCGGGAAUUCUCUCAGCAGGGGAAUAUGAAAAGACACAUGACCAUUCAUAAACCUGACUGUUAGCAGUUUGACUUAAACCUCCAUAUUUUUCUUCCAUGUUAUGUUGAGUAUGUUAGUAAUGAUUAUCUCUAUGCCUUCUUUAUUGUAAAUACUAUUAAAGUACAUUCACU